AUGAACCAAAACACCCUCUUCUUUAUCCUCAAACCCCUCUCUUCUCCCCUCAUCCAUUCCUACAUCAUCAGCUUCUGUCUUCUUGCCCAAAUCACCUCCUGUUUUGUCGACCCUAAAUUCGAUGCAUGUGAACCCAAAUCUUGCCCCAACAGCAACCAAACUAUAAGCUAUCCUUUUUACAUCCAAGGAACACAAGAACCUUAUUGUGGUUACCCUGGUUUUCAAAUCUCUUGUGCCCCAGAUGGCAUCCCUUUCCUCAAUCUCUCUCUCACUCAAUACUUCAUUCAUCAGAUUUUCUACCAAAAUCAGUCCCUGCGAGUGUCCAAUGCUGCGUUCUCAAUCUCGCAAUCGAACACCACCAAAGGUUGUCUUUCUCCUACCCAGAAUCUCACUCUUCCUCCUAGUAACGUGUUCCGUGUUGCUCCGAAUCAAAAGGACAUGGUAUUGUUCUACGGCUGUGACGCAACUUCGCUUCACGAGCACAGAGUUGGGUGUUAUGCAGAAAACGAAACGAGUUCAGUUUUGGCAUUGGAUAAAAGGGAUACAAAUAUAAGCUUUGUGGCGCAGAAUUGCAGGGAUGGGUUUGUGGAUACGGUUGUGGAAGAUGGAAUAGGAGGGGUUGAAGAAGCCUUGAGAAAAGGGUUCUUGCUGACAUGGACGGCAAGUAGCUGCACCGUGUGCAACAGCACAGGAGGGAGGUGCGGCUUCGAUCCAGACGAGUACACCUUCAAGUGUUAUUGCCCUGACAGAGUUCAUUCUGCCAAAUGUGGUGCUGAUGAUCUAGACAAUCUAACCAUGAAGCGUCCUGGACCAAGAGAAGUUUCAGUUUUGAAGCAGAGUCAGCUAAGAGAUUAUAAAGUCUUUGUGUUUGUGUCAAAAGGCGUAAGAAUUGGUCUCACUCCCCUAAUGACUAGAUAUGUGUGUAUGUAG